GAACUCUCAAUUUGUUUGUAGAGAGAUUGCCUUGUUCAACCAUCCCACCUCAACUCGGGAGUCCUGGACCUACCAACCUGUCUGUCUUGUUUUUGCGCAUUAACAUAAUACAUGAUCUACAAACUGUUGUACCAGGCUGAGGUACAGUGAGAGGAAGCAGGAUGUCCAAUAACAUGGCUAAGAUUACAGAUACCCGCAAGACAGUGGAACAGCUGAAACUGGAAGUUAACAUCGAAAGAAUGAUGGUGUCCAAAGCAGCAGCUGAUCUGAUGGCCUUCUGUGAGGCUCAUGCCAAGGAGGACCCUCUGGUGAUACCAGUGUCAUCCUCUGAGAACCCUUUUCGGGAGAAGAAAUUCUUCUGUGCCAUACUCUGAUCCUCACAAAUUCA